UAUUCUUGCUCUGGACAAGGCUAACUCAAGUACGGACAUCAAGUCAUGGCAUAGUAUCUACCAUGCUCCUCUCAGGUCCAGUUUCUGUUCCAUUGACUUGAGGUGAUACUUUUUUUGGAAAUCUUCGCUGUGUACAGAUUUGUCUGUAUCUAUCAAGAUGUUCUUGGAACAUUUCUCAGAAGAAACAAUCAUACCUGCAAACUGGCCUCACGUAGGUAACACUGAGCAUGUGUGAAUAUCCAGGACACUGAGGUGGUAUUAGUGUCUGUUGGACUCUGAUAGCCAAGUGUAAGAGCAUCUUGUCCAUCAGUGUACCAGUUGUUUCCUGGGGCAGUAACCAAGAGAGGAUAAAGAACUUGAAGAUGCAAUAUAACGAUAUCUGGGAUGAUAGUAGACCUCCCAGACAUGGAAGAAAAUCCUGCCUCACUUUUGGCACUUUGGAAUCAGCACCAAGAAGGGUACCCAUAAAUUUUCUGUUGGGAGAAGAGAAGGAUACUCCAUUCAGACUCAGGAUCUGAAUACAGAUCAGGACAUGUCUGAGACUGUGCUGGGCAUCCAGAUCUCUUUGUAGAGACAGAAACUCCAGAGACAGCAGCCAAGUGGGUUUGGGGAGAGAAGCUCAGGAAAUAAGGGAAUCUACACAAGAUGCUACAAAUUUACCAAGGCCACAGUUGGAGAAUUCUGGCUCACUAGCUGAAGCAUUUGAUCAGAUGUCUGGAAACAUAAGUGAUGAUUCUUGACAAAUUUUCCUGUCAACAAAUGGAAAACAAGGAAAACAUGUUGCUUUUUGACUUCUAGAGAGACAUGGGAAGGGACAGUGGAAUUUACAAAAUGCAUUCAGGAAAAUGGAAGUUCGAAGAUGAUAAACUAAACUGAUUUUCUGAUUGCCAAGACAAGUCUAGGGAAGAGGACAGAGAAACUAUGGCAGGGAGACUGCAUAAUGGGGAAAAGAAGCUGGAAGAGCAAGAGUUCCAGCAGGAGCUCUUCAGGGAGUACAUGCAUUGCCCGAAGGCAGGCUGCACGGCUUUAAGACAACAGCAGAAAAGAAGAAAUGGAGUCUCAAUGAUGGUAAACAAGACUGUUCCUCGUGUUGUUUUGACACCAUUAAAGGUGUCUGAUGAGCAGUCGGAUUCACCUUCAGGAUCUGAAUCUAAAAACGGUGAAGCAGAUGGUUCUGAUAAAGAGAUGAAACAUGGGCAAAAGUCUCCAACUGGAAAACAAACAAGCCAGCACUUAAAGAGGUUAAAAAAAUCUGGUUUAGGACAUUUGAAAUGGACCAAAGCUGAGGAUAUUGACAUAGAAACACCAGGAUCUAUUCUAGUGAACACUAACCUGAGGGCUUUAAUAAAUAAACACACCUUUGCUUCUUUACCUCAGCAUUUUCAACAAUACCUCCUGCUUUUGCUUCCAGAAGUAGACAGGCAGAUGGGAAGUGAUGGAGUUUUGCGCCUCAGUAGUUCUGCUCUAAAUAAUGAAUUCUUCGCAUAUGCAGCACAAGGGUGGAAACAGCGAUUGGCAGAAGGAGAAUUUACACCAGAAAUGCAGUUGCGCAUCAGACAAGAGAUUGAAAAGGAAAAGAAAACAGAACCUUGGAAAGAAAAAUUCUUUGAAAGGUUUUAUGGUGAAAAAUUGGGGAUGUCAAGAGGGGAAUCAAUGAAACUCACUGCAGUGCAGAACAACGAUGAAGAGGAAAGCAAUUCUUUGUGCGGGUCUUCUGGCACACCUGGGCCUUCUAAGCAAGCAACCUUUGAGGAUCAAGAGGAGAAAGGCACUAAAAUUCCACCUUUACCAGAGAGAGAUUAUUGUCCAUCUCUUUGUAGUAUGGAACAGGUUCCUGUCAAGGAUCUAACAGCAGAGUCGGAGGAUAUAUUGAUACCCGAGGAAUCAAUCAUUCAGGAGGAGAUUGCUGAAGAGGUUGAGACAAGUAUUUGUGAAUGCCAAGAGGAGAACCAUAAAACAGAAAAUGAGUUUUCUGAGGAGUCAGUAAGUCCAGCUGGCACAACUGAAGAAGCAGAGGGAGUACAGCUUGCAGACAGCACUGAGUCCUGUGUCAUGAUGAAUGAUGUAACUGAUACUGUAUCUCACAUUGAAAUUAAAGUGGAGUUGAAGUCAGAAUGCCCUCAGGAAGAGAUGUCAGUUGUGAUAGAUCAGCUGGAAGAUUGCGUAUCACCAGCACGAUCAGCUUCAUCCACAAACUCUGUCAGUGAUACAGCAGAGAAGGAUUCUGAGUCUGCAAAAGAGCUAAUUGCACCAGAAAUGCAAAAUGCUGCUCUGGAAGGCUCCUUGUUCACUGGUGGAGGCAUUGCAGUGGAUAUGGAGCUUCAAAGUGACCCUGAGGAACAGUUGUCUGAGAAUGCUUGUAUUUCUGAAACUUCCUUUUCCUCUGGAAGUCCAGAAGGACCGUGUGUUUGUGUUGCCUCUCCUGGAGGAGACACUCAGUCAACUUCAGAGGAACCCUGUACUCCAGCAUCUCUUGAAACAGCUUGCUCAUCUGAAGUGUCCAGUACUGAAAACAUUGAAGGUGAUAUUCAGCAAAAGGCCACUGACGAAAACUUGAACACACCUUUAAUGUCAGAAAUCUCUCCAAUGUCCACCUCACCUGUAACCUCAGAAGCAUCUCUGAUGUCAAAUUUACCUUUAACAUCAGAGGCAUCACCAGCUUCUAAUUUACCUUUAACAUCAGAAACAUCUCCAAUGUCUGAUUUGCCUCUAACAUCAGAAACAUCUUCAGUAUCUUCUGUUCUUCUAACUUCUGAAACAUCUGUGGCAAAUAGUUUGCCUCUUCCAUCAGAGACAUCUCCAGUUUCUAAUUCCCCAAGCAAUGAAAGACUUAUUCUGCAACAAAAGAAAUCACCAUGUUUGUUGGAUGACUCCCUUCCCACUUUGAAAGAGGAAAGCUCUGCCAUUCCUAAGGUGAUUCAAGAAGAAAAUCUUGUUGUUCAGCCAAAGCAACUUCAGAGUGCCCCUGAAAAUAUGAAAGUUGGUCCACUAGCAAUUAUACCUGAUACUUCAGUAUUAGAAGAGCCCCAGAGCAAAAACCUCAGUCAUCAGCCAUGUAAGUCACAUUCUGAUAUUGAGAAAUCCUACAUUGCAUCCAUCCCAGAACACUCUCCUCCAGAGGUGAUCAAAAUUAAAAACCACAGUGUUCAGCAAAGAGGUGACAAAAAAGGUACACUCUUGCCAUCAGAGGUAGCUGUCUUAUCAGAAGGAUCAGUUGGCAAAAAUAUUGAAUUGCUCCCAUCAAAGCCACAUGAUAAACUAUAUACCUCAUCUCUAGAGAAAGCUGCAUUCUCUGAAGUGUGCAGAAGUAAAUCUCACAAGCUAACAGGCAGCACCCAAAGCCGUCUAGAGAGUUCACAUUCUUCCAAGUCAUUAGAACCCACAAAGUCACCUGAAGUGAGGAGUGAAAGUAGAGACACAGAGAUCCCAAAGAGGAAAACAGCAGAACAGCACAGUUUUGGAAUCUGCAAAGAGAAGAGAGCUAGAAUAGAUGAUGAUCAGCCUAACCGUAGUGCUUCAUCAACGAGUCCAUCUGAUAAAGACCAGCCGCCCAGAGAAGAACCCCGAGUUCCACCCCUUAAGAUUCAGCUUUCAAAAAUUGGACCACCUUUUAUCAUCAAGAGCCAACCUGUUUCUAAACCAGAACCUCGAGUUUCCCCGAGUACAUCGGUCAGCAGCGGGAGAAACACUGGGGCCAGAACUCUUGCAGAUAUCAAAGCCAGAGCUCAGCAAGCAAGAGCCCAAAGAGAAGCUGCAGCUGCAGCAGCCGUGGCAGCAGCUGCGAGCAUAGUCUCCGGAGCAAUGGGGACCCCAUGCGAAGGUGGGAAGACAAGAACACUGGCACACAUCAAGGAGCAAACAAAGGCCAAGCUAUUUGCAAAGCAUCAGGCCAGAGCUCAUUUACUCCAGACUAAUAAAGAAUCAAAGUCACAGUUCAGCUCAAAGGAAAGUACCUCAUCUCUGGAGAUACCAACUUCUACUGACACAAAGAUUGAAGGUUCUACCGGUGUCAUUAUAGUUAAUCCUAACUGCAGGUCCCCUAGCAACAAGUCUGCUCAUCACCGUGAGACUACCACUUUAUUGCAGCAGUCACUUAACACAGCUACAUUACCAGAAACUGCUACUGAGAUAUCUGUGCACAGUUCUGAUGAAAAUAUACCUAUGCCACAAUUGUGUGAGAAAAUUAUUUCAUCUACCUCUACUGAAAGUAACAGUGUGCCAGUGCUUUAUAAUAAAAGUUCAGUCUCUGUGUCUGUUUGCAGCACUGCUAUGUCUGGAGCAAUUAAAGAACUUUCUUUUGCAAGUUCUGUUGAUAAAUCCUCUGUUUUAAUGUCUGUUGACAGUACAAACACAGCAGUUUCAGCUUGUAAUAUAAAUAUGCUGAAAACCAUCCAAGGGGCUGAUACUCCAUGCAUAACCGCUGGACCAAAAUGUAUUGAUAACAGUAAUGUACCAAUCUCCAUAGACAAUACAGUCUUAUCAAAUGCCAUCGAUGACAAAAGGUUGCCGAUACCAAGUAGCAAUGCGAAUAACGCAGUCUCCAGUCACUAUGCCACUGUGCCAGCUUCAUCUAUUGCAAAUAGUUUGCCAAAUCAUCUCUCUGGUAGUUCUGUACUGAUUCCCCCAGUGGGGACUACCAACAGAUUUUCUUCUGAUAAGAUAGCCAUAACUGGGUGUAACGAGCAAAGCACUGUUUCCAUUCACACUACUGUUAGGUCAGCUUUAAGUUGCAGUGAGGCCCUUGCAGUAGCAGAUUCUGUUGCAAGGCCGCCCAUUUCAGUGUUUACUGGUAACAUGGUGACAAUAAGCUCUUACGAUAAUGCUACUAAAUUAAAUGCUGAUCUCUUAGAAAAAAACUCUGGAGCACGAAACCGAAUGGAUCUCUCUGGUAAAUCUCAGCCAGUGAGCUUUACACAAACUGCCAUGAAUAGGUCUAUACCUUGCAAAGUCAUUGUUGACCACACUACAAAUCUGAAUUCCAGUCUGUCACUUUCUUCUUCUAUUGAAAAUGCAGAGAACAGCAUUGACCUGCAGAGCAGACCUGUAAGGACAGAAGCUGCCUUACAAAGUAUAGCCUGUCCUCAGGUGUCUGUCAUAAGCAGGCCUGAAGUGGUCUCUAAUGAAAGCCUUGAGCACAGUUCCAGCUUUAUCACCAUUACAGCAAAGCAAGACAGCAAGAACUUGCAGGCAGGUUGUUCAAGUCUUCGAGAAGUGCCUCUUGCUCCUCAAGAUAAGUUAAUUGAGGUAGUUACUCCCAGCCAAGGUUUUGCUGAGCAAUUAAGAGGUCCUUCAGCAUUUAAAAGUGAAGCAGAUACUGUCUGUGCCAAUCAGUAUAACACUAACAAUAGAAUUUGCUGGCAUGAUGAAGAGGCAAUGAGUACAGACCAGCCAGUGGUCAGCCAUCUUAACUCCGGUAAGCAUAAGGAAUAUGCAGAGCAAAACUGCUUAAAAAAUGUCAAAACUGAACCUUCCGGUUACACGCAAAUGUCAGAACUGCAAUCCAGGAGUCUUUUGACGAGCAUUGCUGUCCCUGUUAAAUCGGAAACUAAUGAGUCUGACAAGUGCUUCAGGAUGGACACCGAGGAUUUUACAGGACCUGAAAUGCCUGCCCAGACUGCAGAAAUAACCACGAGUGCGCAGCCACCACAGACCUCCAAGACAUCCAUUGCGGACUCCAUGGAAGACUCCCUGACCCUGACAACAGAAACCCUAAAGAGAGUUACCAGUGCCGGGGGCUCAAGCUGUCGCUUGUCGUCAGUGGAGGCCAACAAUCCUUUAGUGACACAGUUACUGCAGGGCAAUCUGCCCUUAGAGAAAGUGCUGCCACAGCCCAGAUCAGGAGCCAAACUAGAAAUUAACAGGCUUCCCCUGCCUUUGCAAACUACCUCAGUAUGUAAAACAGCAGUGUCCGAGAGAAAUAUUGUUGAACAUCCUUCCAACUCUCCUAAUCCAGAUGGUAAAGGAUUUACAGCAGGCAGCAUAGCCCCGCUACAAAUCAGAAAGCGUGAAAACCAUCCGAAAAAGAGGAUGGCCAGGACUGUAGGGGAACAUGCUCAAAUUAAAUGUGAGCCUGGGAAGGUGUCAAUGGACACAGAUGUUAAAGUGGCUCCUUGUGUAAUUAGUUCCAGCAUGAAUCAGCUAGGGCAUGGUCAGCCAUUUAAGCAGGAGUGGCUGAACAAACAUGCCAUUCAGAGCCGAAUCGCUCACAGCCCAGAGAUCAAGCAGCAGAAGAGGCCGUUGCCUUCAUGCAGUUUCCAGCAGAGCUUAUUUCACAUUGAUAAAAAUGGCAGCUUUCAUGCAGAAGCCAGUACCUCACAUAGACAGCAUUUUUACCAAAUGUCCAUGGCUGCAAGAGGCCCCAUUCCAACGGCAGCUUUGUUGCAAACUACUUCAAAAGGCCCACCUGGCUGCAACGCAUUUGCUUUUAGCAGACACCUGGAACAGAAGGGCUUGGGAGACGUGAAUAUUUCUACAGCAGCUCACCAGCUGAGGCUAGGAAGUGUGUUUUCCCCUAAUAUUCAAAUUAAGGAAAGCGAUGACAUUGCCAGUGCCUCUCAAACUCUGCAGAGUAAAACAUUAGUGCAUCCCCCUCCUCCCCUGCCUCCUCCUCCCCCGCCACCUCCUCCCCCUCCUCACCCCAAUGCAGAAGUCCCCUCUGAUCAAAAACAACCGACAGUUACUAUGGAAACCACUAAAAGACUUAGUUGGCCUCAGCCAGCAAGCAUCUGUAGCAAUAUAAAAUCGGAACCUAUUUCUUUUGAGGAAGGUUUAAGCAGCAGCUGCGAACUGGGCAUGAAACAAGCUUCCUAUGAUCAGAACGAAGUGAAAGAACAGUUAAAAGCUUUUGCAUUAAAAAAUGCAGAUUUCUCUUCCUAUUUACUUUCUGAGCCACAGAAGCCUUUUACCCAACUUGCUGCUCAGAAAAUACAGACGCAGCACCCGCAGCAGCAGCAGCAGCAGCAGCAGCAGCAGCAGCAGCAGCAGCUCUGUGGAAAUUAUCCAACGAUACACUUCGGUAGCACAAGCUUCAAAAGGGCGGCAUCUGCAAUUGAGAAAUCGAUUGGGAUUUUAGGAAGUGGCUCAAACACUGCCACAGGCCUGUCUAACCAGAACGCUCAGAUCCCGGUUCAGAAAUUUGCUGACAGUAGCAAUGCCGAUGAACUGGAACUGAAAUGCUCUUGCAGGCUCAAAGCCAUGAUUGUGUGCAAAGGCUGCGGAGCCUUCUGUCAUGAUGACUGCAUAGGGCCUUCCAAACUGUGUGUAGCUUGUCUGGUCGUGCGGUAGGAACUGAAUCAAAGAUGCAGUAUCCCUUAGCAGCGUGGGAGAGCAGGAGGAAGGAACGGAGAAAUUGGAACAGUUUAGGCCACAAAUGGUUUGCAAUUGGUUGAUUGAUUUUUUUUUGUUUGUUUGUUUUGUUUUAAUUUGUUUUUUUUUCUUCCAUGUGGUGCUUUCAGAAUUUAGUUAAUCCUGACUGAGUGCCAUUUUCCAGGAAGAAGAGGAAAGCUGUAAAAGUAGUUUAAAAAAAAUAUAUAUAUCCUUGUUACUGAAGCAUCUACGAGCUCUCUUGCUGUGCUAAAAAAAAAAAAAAAAAAAAAAAAGGCAUUAAUGCAUGUCAUUCAUAGCUUAUAUUUAUUUGCACAAAGUGCAGCAUGUUUUUUCUCCACUUUUUGACAGUUGAUACAAGCUGCAGGUUAAAGAUCAGUGGAAGAUUAUCUCUGCAAGAAGUGGAGCAACUAUGCAGAAUGAAUAACACACUGAAUAGCAAAUGUUUUGAGUGGGGUAGUGGCAGGGUGCGGGGUAUUGGCCAUCGUAGCUUCUAAGUGAAUAUGCAGUUUUUCUGCUAGUAGGAUUGUUUUCUUCAAUUGACUUUCACUAUCUAGGGCUAAAAUAUAGUCACUUCACCUGGCAAAAAAAAAAAAAAAAAAAAAGAGGAAUUUAGAUUGUUAAAGGAGUUUCCUUACAUGCCUGCCAGGGACUAUGGAACUAAAAUCUGACUCAUCAUCUCUUCUUGUUGAUUCCAUGAGAAAGAUUUGUGUAUGUGAUGCGAUAGUGGGACCAACACUGGAAUCACAUUGGCUUCAGUAGAGUGGAGAAAGUAACUUCUCUACUGGGGAUUAGAAACCUGUUUUCCUGUUUCCCACACAAGUAUUCUUUAUUUGUAUUUGUCUCUCUAAUCUGUCCACUUGGUUUGUCAGUCCCAAAUAUAUACACAGGGUCAGACUUACGUAAUAGGUUCUGGAUGUUUUAGCCUUCCUGUGGCCUAAAAAUGAUGUGUUCUUAUGAUGAAUGAAUAAGGAAAUAUUCUAAUUACGUAUUCAUUGAAUAUUAGAUUAUCAGUUGGUUUUCCUCUUAUGUGAGUUAUUCUAUUUAAAUAACAUCUCAGAAUUUUGCCAUUUAAAGUAAUUCUUAGAAUUACUUACAACACUGACUUUUUUUUUUUCUUGAAGGAAUUCAGACCUCUUACUCAACCUUUUAGAAAUUUGGAAGCAAAAAGGCAUUUUUAAAAGGGAUACUGCAUCUUUAAAGUAACUUUCAGUAUUUAUCCAGUACUGUAUUUACAUUCAGGACUAUAGCUGCAUUCCAGAUGCGCUAGCCACCAUAACAGCAGAGAAGAAAACCAAUAAUUUUGGGGCCCUAUUCACCUAAAAGGAAAAUCUUAUAAAGGGAUAAAGCACAUGCAGUUGCUGGGGAGAUGAAAAUACCUUGGGUUUUUAUACUCCCACUUCAAGAACACAAAAUGUGGAGUGCAAGUCAUCCAUCUGCCAAUAUGUGGUUGGGUCUGCCCAAAUGUCAGCAUCAGAGAGAAGUGUUAUUUUUACCAUUACAGUAGAACCUCACUAAUCCAGAGACCUUACAGUCUGCUCAAGAAAACUGAUUUUCCUUCCGCAGUUUUCAGAGAGCAAUGUAGUAAGAAUGCGUGAGAUGUAAUACUGCUUGGAUUUUGUGAUUCAUUUACUGUUGCGUUCUGAAAUAUUAAUGUGAAUGAUAGAACUACACUUAGGAAAUAAAAAGUAUACUACAUUUUACACUAUCCUUUUUUAUAUGAUCUUUGUUUGCAUACUUACUCACAAGCUGUAACUGGUCUCCCUAACAUGGGUGCAUAUUGGUGAGGUUCUACUGAAUGGAGGAGCCACAUUUAUUUUCUUGUGGGACCAUUUUCACAAACAUGCUAAAUGCCAUUUAUUGUCUUAAAAGUGAGGUGGAAUAUCUACAACAUACAUUCCUGUCAUAGGAAGCUCUAUGGUGCACCUUGAUGUUCUCUUUUAUUGUAAUUAGCAACAUAUCGAUAUUAUUUUUGACACUGAGUGGUACAAAGGCCAUUUAUAAUUACACUAACAAAUUUGUUGCUGAUACAAUAAUAUAUUUUUUCUAUACAAAAGUGCUCCUUAGUGUGACAUGUGAGUUAAGAAACGACUUCUCAGCACUUUCAGGUCUUCUGGUAGGAAAACAAGCCAGCCAAGCAAAAACCUAAAAGUAACCACAUGAAAAUUAGCAUGCAGUGCUAUGCCAGCUGCUGGCAAAACAGUGACUGGAAAAUACUCAUGAAUAAGCAUGAGUGUAGUCAGUUAAUGCAUAUCAAAUUCAUAUUUGAGGAGCCUUUGUAUCGGAAUUGUAUUGCAUUGUAUUUAUACUUGGUAGAGGUAGGAUACUUCUAUUUAAAAUGAAGAGAGCAACCAGUCUUAGACUUCUAAUAACCUAUGUUUAUAUAAGCCUGCUGGAAUCCUUAUUUCUAGCUCAGGUUUUCCUGUCCACAGCACAUAAGUCAAUAUUUGUUUGUACGUGCAUCUUGAAAUACUUCUUGUAUUGACGGACAUAAUACAGAAAUAAAUUCCGGCCACAAAAUACUUUUACUUUGUUCAAAGGAUAAGAGUGUGACUAAUGUGGUAGGUAACUCAUUCAUGUCACGUUGUCAUUUUUGUACCAGGAUUGCAACUUGCACGUGUGAGGUCAUGAUAAAAUAUUUAAAAUGGCAUUAGACUGGAUGGUGCUACACAACCGACCAAACUCUUCCAUAGUGCAAUUCCACUCCUUUGAUUCUAGGUCACUGGAGUUGCACCAGGAAUAAAUUUGACCAAUUAGUUAGCAACAGUUGUGAAGUGUUGUUACCGAUUAUAGUUUUAGGGUAUUAAAAUACUCAGAAGCAACAGCAGCGGUACAGGAGCCUGGCUGAAUACUAGUGUGAGUGAAAACCUGACUUGGAUUCUGGUAUCACACAAAUGCUUGGGAGAGAGCGACCCUUGGUCUUCAGUAAGAACACAAUCACACUUAGAGGUUAAUUUUGAAUUAUUAAUUUUUUUUGUUUAAUUGUCCAGGUUUCAGGCCCAAUGAUGUCAUUGUGUUUUCUAAUGACCAUGCAGUUUGCACCGUGGGGUGUUAAUAGUUUAUGCACUGAAAAGUGGUGAAAGAAUUGCUUAAGAACACACUGCUCUGUGUUUGCGUGUACGUAUGUGUCCCAAUGUCCAGCAUGUAUAAUUUACCUUUUUUUUUUUUUUUUUUAAAUCUCUAAAAUUGUUCCCCCACUCCUACCCCUGGAGCAGCACUUUUGGGUGAGAGGGAGAAACACUCUUCUUUUUCUUUCCUCCCUCUUUAUUGUUUUAAUUGCAUACCUGUGAGAUAUGCAGAUAAUGUUAGGGCAUUUGCAGUGUGUGUGUUUGUGUGUUUCUGUUCUGAACUAAUUUUCCAAGCAGAAACUCCCUUUGAAAUAAUGUUUU